AUGGCUUCCUCUAUGCUCUCCUCCGCCGCCGUGGUUACCACACCGGCUCAAGCCACCAUGGUUGCUCCAUUCACCGGCUUGAAGUCGUCUGCUGCCUUCCCCGUCACCCGCAAGACCAACACCGACAUUACUUCCAUCGCAAGCAACGGCGGAAGAGUCAACUGCAUGCAGGUCUGGCCACCAAUCGGAAAGAAGAAGUUUGAGACUCUCUCUUACCUUCCUGACCUUACCGACGUCGAGUUGGGUAAGGAAGUUGACUACCUUCUCCGCAACAAGUGGAUUCCAUGUGUUGAAUUCGAGUUGGAGCACGGAUUUGUGUACCGUGAGCACGGAAACACGCCCGGUUACUACGACGGACGUUACUGGACAAUGUGGAAGCUUCCCUUGUUCGGAUGCACCGACUCUGCUCAAGUGUUGAAGGAAGUGCAAGAGUGCAAGAAAGAGUACCCUAAUGCCUUCAUUAGGAUCAUUGGAUUCGACAACAACCGUCAAGUCCAGUGCAUCAGUUUCAUUGCCUACAAGCCCCCAAGCUUCACCGGUGCUUAA